ACUUAUCGUCACGCAGGCAGGCGUCCAUUAUUGUAACCAUAACCCCUGGUUUCUUAGUGUACCAAGAGUAGAUCAAGCCCAACGCGCCAGACAGGGGAUUUGACAUGGUGUCGAUCCAUUUAACAUAUCCUUCCGCACAUGUCAGAUAAUGAAAUGUUGUCUUCUUACCUACAUGUACACUAUAGUCCAUAAGUGUGGUUCGUUGCGACGCAUGCGGUUGCUUAGUUGCUUAGAUCUAUAACGCAACUUGUACGAUAUGGCAGCAUGGUCUUCAACGAAGGCAGCAGCUAUGGCGCUUUUUUAUGCUAGCACCAUAGCUGGAUCGAGGGAUAAUCGAGUAUCACAGAUGGAAUUGGACAAAGCAGAUGCCCUUCACCCACGGGCAAGCCCAGAAUCAACAACAACGAAAAGUAUACGACCCACGAUGUCAACACCGUAUGCUGUUCCCCUCGUCACUACGUUCAUACCACCAGAGUCAUGUAAUGAGGCACAUCUUACUAUGUUGUCGCCCCCAGGUUAUUUUAUAUGGCUUAAUGAGCCUGUCCCGGUUCCAGGAACGACCUUUUCGGAUUGUUAUCCUCCUGAGUUCCUUGAGUAUUAUACGACCUAUCAUGUGAACCCAACCACUGUGGGCUCACACGUGCCAUUGAUGAGUCCGCUCGUCUGCCCUUUUGGCUGGCAGGUAGUCUCAAGAAAGGGUGAUUACCAAGCUUGCUGUCCCAGUGGUUACCAAUUCACACCCCCACAAACGGAACUGGACCCUGAUCGUCCGGCAUACGGAGGCACAUGCUAUAGCGAAUGGCCUCUGAGUAGUUCCACAUACAUAACAGUAUAUGGCUCUGCCUCUGAAUCCGGGGAGAUGUUGAUCACGGCUUCAACAUCAGGGUUCGCCAAUUAUGCGCAUGUUAUUGAUGGAAUCGUAGUUUCAACAUCGCCACCUAACUCCGAACCAUUUCAAAACCAAGGCACCGAGCACACCACGCUUGCACCAGGAGCCAUAGCUGGCAUUGUAAUUGGUGCCGUAGCAGCAGUAGGACUGGUGGCAGCGGCUUUCUUUAUAUAUGCUCAGCGUCGCCGUCGGGCAUCACGACAAGCAUCGCUUAUCCAGCCUCCCGUGGGCGGGGGUGGGGCAACACUCUCUGAUGCGGGCAACCCAAUUGUCGCUGACAAGCCACCUAGUCCCGUCACCGAGGGCGAGCAAACGCAUACCAACUUCUCCGAAAUGGAUGCAGGUAUAUAUCAUGUACAUGAACUGGAUGCUGGGUCGAUGCCCGUCGAAAAGCCUUGACCACUAAUAAUGGCAUGCGCUUGGUCAAGCGGGUGACGAUAAGUUCAACUAAGUCAGCUAUGCAGCGGGCGUACAGGUUCAUGAUAUACCAAUUAAUAAGCAGAUGUGAGGGGCGGCGUUUACCUUAUGCUGUCCUCGUAUACCUUAUCAUCGCCACCUUUAUUUCUUUUUCUUUCUUUCUUGGAAUAUACAGUUAUAC